GCCACACACGGGACCGGGAAAUCGCUCAAUUUCAUAAAUCGGCUCGGUCGGAACAGAUAGCGAAUUUUGGUGCGAAGGUUUUUCCCUCUUUCCUUCGGCCCUUGGCCCGACUGUUGCGACGCGAAAGACGCACCGCAUCAAACUCCCAACUCCAGUGACUCCCAUCACCCAUCGACGGAAACAACCGAGAACGUUCCACGCUGCGGCCGGAGUUUGUGGUUUCCCGUUUUCCACGCACGCCGUUUUAAAGCAAACAGUGCUGUAGAUCGUGAAGGUGAAUUGAACUAAAACAUACAGUUUAGAACUUUUCUUUUAAUCGUGCAGACAACGGUUUUAUGUUUUUUACUCAACUAGCAAAGUGCCAUAUCGAUAAACAGGAGCGUGGUUUCGUAGUGUUGUAGUGCUAGAUGAAAUAGCAAGUUACUUCGUGAGGCGUGGUGUUGUUAACAAUCAAACACUCGGUUUUCCUUGCGGUGUCGUUGCGAACAACAAAGAGAAGCGCAGCAACCAUGUCGCCAGCGUUUUUGGCCGUGUUCGCGGUCAUUCUGUGCAUCCUGUUCCGGAUACUGAACGUCAGCAGUACACCCCAGAUACCGGCCAUCGUCUGCAAGGACGGUCAAUUUAUGGAAUGUUUCAACAAAAUCGCCCCAAUGCUGCGAGAACCAUACAUUCCGACACGCCUGUGGGGCUUUAGUGGCCACAUCCAGACAAUAAUUCACAGCAUAGUCGGUCGUGUCAAGUGCCCAUGGCCACUGGGCGAACGGGUAUAUCUAUCACUGAUGGACGGGUCGACACUGACGUACGAUUUGUAUCAGCCGCUAAUAACGACCGUUGAAGAUGACAUAACCGUGGCCAUUUGUCCCGGAAUUGGUAACUCGUCCGAAUCGGUCUACAUUCGCACCUUUGUGCACUACGCCCAGUGCCAUGGGUAUCGGUGUGCGGUGCUGAAUCACAUCGGUGUUCUCGACAGCGUGCAGGUUACGUCCACAAGGAUCUUCACAUAUGGUCACACAGAUGACUAUGCGGCUAUGAUAAAUAGUCUGCUGAAGAAGUACCCCACGACCAAUGUCGUCUCGGUCGGUUUUUCACUGGGAGGCAACCUGAUUUCGAAGUACCUUGGCGAAGCGAAUCGUCCCUCGAAUAUCAUAGGCGGUGUGUCAAUCUGCCAGGGCUACAAUGCGGUGAAUGCGACACAGUGGUUGCUGAAGUGGCAGAACUUCCACCGUUUCUACCUGUACGUGCUAACUGAGAACGUUAAGAGCAUCAUCAUGAAGCAUCGGCACGUGCUGCUGUCGGAUGACAUCAAACAACGGUAUCAGUUGAACGAGCGCGAUAUUGCCGCAGCUGCCACGCUCCCCGAAUUGGACGAAGCGUAUACUAGGCGCGUGCACCAGUUCCCAACGGUGAAGGAUAUGUACAGCUGGAGCUCAUCGAUUAACUACCUGGCCAACAUCAAACGUCCGAUGGUAUUUGUCAAUGCCCGCGAUGAUCCUCUAGUUCCCGAGAUGCUGCUCGAACCAGUGAAGCAGUUUGCUGCGGAUCACAACCAAUCGUUGUACAUUGAGCUACAGAACGGUGGCCAUCUUGGGUUCUACGAAGGAGGCUUAAUCUACCCGAAUCCGGUUACCUGGCUCGAUCGUGCCCUAGUAUCGCUGAUCGGCGGUAUUGUAAUGUCACACAAUGAUCUCCUGGUUGCUAAGCAAACGGCACAUGCUUCGUCGAUGGCUAUUUAAAAUUCACUUUCACCAUUCCCUUCGACGGUGCUCCCAUCGGUGCAGCCAGCUCCGGAGCUAAGCCAGCUGUUAAACUAUGGCCGGAUGCGCUGGGGACUACUGUUUGCCGCCCUACCAUCGGUUGCGUCGAUGCGAAGUGUGGUCAUGGCACUCUUGAAGCUGCUCUUUACCCGAUUGUUUGCAAAACGUACCAUAGUCACCGUGGAUUUGGCUGCCUCGACGCCAUCGCCGGUAAUGUGAACAAUCGUUAGAGAUGGUGAACUAGCAGCAUCACUCGAUAACCAGCGGAUGGUUUGGGAAACUAUCGUGAAGGAGAGCAUUCAAUGCAGAAGGAAGGAGGGUUUGGUCAAUUGUGAACUGAGGAGAAGUAUGAAGCGGACUGCUUCGUAGAUUGGGAAUAGAGUUAAAGAAAAAUCUAUUCUCAACUUGCACAAAACUCCAACAGAUGAAAGCUCUUCAUUCGUUGUUGAAUCGUAGAGAAGUUGAAACAACUUAGCUAUGGCUAUAGGAGCAGCAGACAAAGUGUUUGUUAUUUUUAUAAGAAAAAACAUUAGGAAACACAAGCGAGGUUUGCUACAGGACAAAUUCCCAAUGGGAGAAUGUAAUCGUGAUCGCGGUACGAUGCGGAUUGGCGCCCGUUUUCGAACAUAUACACUCAUAUACAACGCUUGUAGCAGACCGCGUAUCUUAACAAUACUAGGUAUACAAAAACCCCAACUCUAGGUCCUAGGCCAUUAUCACGUAAUUAUUCAACCAUCAUAUCUUCAUCAUCAUUAUACUUAAUCAUUGACUGCGUUCGGAUGGUUUUCGGAUUUAGAGCUUCUUUGCUAUCGUACGAUGGAAGCAGGUUAAUCGCUUGCUCUAUAGUGUUGCGUAUAGUGGUGCCUGUCCAGCGAUCCGAAAUGCGCUACUUAACUUCAUCGUGUAUUUUCAUCAAACGGACUGCGUUACAGGAAACGUUUAGCGAAGUAGUACUAAGCGGAGUGACGUCGCACUCCUCCCAUACAUGCGUGUUUAAUCCGAUGUAUCCAGGCACUUUUCGCCGUUUAUGAGCACAGUAGGACAGAGUAAAACAAAACAAAAAACGCGAAAAUAACAGAUCGUGAUUACCGAAACGGUAUCAUAGGUGCUGUAAGUGUUUCUUCCCAAAAGCAAAAAGGGAAUUGUUCGUAAAAUAUUGUAUUGUGAUAAAUGUUACAUUACUGUUGCGAAUGGUGGGGCACAUAGCUCUAAAAAGUUUGCGUGACAUUGAAUCCUGCAAAGGAUAGCAAGAGAGGAAGGGCGUACAGGAGAAAUCAGAACGUAGAAUCAGAAAACCUGUGACCUAGUGUUACAGCUAGUUUCAGCAUUUCAGGAAAGGAAGGGUACCGUUUUGGAUACCCGUCAGAUUCCUCGGAGUCCCCUCAAGUGAAAUCCUCACUCGGCGGUUAAAGCGCACUAGGCAGUAAGACGCCAAGCGACCGAUUGUAUCGUAAAGGUUUCAGCAGUUUAGCGAAUACUGCGUGCUGCAAAAAUAUGCUAUGUUUUAACGAGAUGUGGGUAUGUUGCUCAUUCUAGAAGUACCGCGAUGGUUCGUAGAACCGAAGUUAAUUGAAGAGCUGCUUGGUUAGUGUUUUAAAACCGUGUGUGACGCGAUUCGUAGCAUGUUGGAAGGCUUCAGAACUAAAGCAAGUGUCGUGCCUGUAGGUACCAAUAACAGCCGUUGAUAAAGGAGCAGAACUAGCGUUGCUCAAGGAUUUUAGUUAGUGAAAAAGAAAACUGUCUCGUUUAAUGACAAAUCAUUUUUAAUAAGAGGAAAAAUUGUUUGUUUUAUUAUUCUCAUUCCCAGAAAUCUAUUUAGAUUCCGAUAGUGAAUAGUGUGCUCAUCGCUACUUUGCUUGCUUCAUUAUAGGACGAUAGCCAUUCAUCGAAAGAUAUCCUACGGUCAAGAUCCAGGGAAAAGGCGUUUUUUUCCUCUGAUUCCUGCGUAUAGCAUUACACAUCCACAUCUUUGUGAACACAUUCCACCUCAAAAAGUUCCACGUGUGUCUGGCGAUGAGUGUAAAAAUCGUGAGCGUGAAAAUGUUUUCUAGUGCCACAAUCAAACUGAUCAAAAGACGCAUCCCGCCCAAUACGAUGUAUGCCUUUUUGGAAAUCCAGUUUUACCCUGCCAACCAGGCCAGGCCCAUUGAGGACACGGAUACCGAAUUUUACCGAUGGAAUCUCUGUCGCAUUUAUACAAUAUGCAGCAAAACCAAAUUCCGAUGCUUUAUACCAUUUACACAAUAAUCCGUUUGCGACAGAUCGAGACCCAAGAAAUGUUUAAUGACUGACGAGCGAAUGCGAUGUACGCGCAUGUGGGAGAUGGACAACUUAGCGUCGAACAGUUGGCAGACUUGUUGCCUGGAACUGUUGUAAAAAUGUUGACGGCUUGGUGCACAGCACCCGGAACUGUGCUUCGUUUUCUCGUUGGAUGGCGAGUUAUCAAUUAAGGAAAGAUACAUGCUUGUAGAAGGAUGCAUACUUUUCGCCUGCACCCGUUUGUAUUUGUGGAUGUUGCAGCAAAAGGGCCCGGCAAAGUGUGGAAUUGCUAGUAGAAAAAUAAAAUAAUGAUUGUGUAACGGA